AGGUGUAAUUCUGUGCCAAGCCACAAGAGGAAUGAAAGUCCAGGACUUCCCCUGGGCACCAGCUUCCAUUUGUACUUGAGACAGAAGGCUUGUUGAGAACUUCCUGCUAGUUCACAUUUCAAACAGAGCCUGUACUUAAUCCCCACCCUCAGAGCAGAGCUCAGAGUAAACGGGAGGAGUCCGGAGCCCAGGAACAGAGUGGUACAGAGAGCUACUGGGUGACCUGGUGAGAAGAGCCAGCCAGAUGGAAGCCAGACCUCCAAAGGGCCCAGGUACCUAAGGGCGUGGUGGCAGAAGGAAACAGCUGCCCACCAACAAUGAUGAGCCAGGUCCACCAGGGUACCCAGGAACAGGCAUUAGUUUCCAUUUGUAAGGACAACAGGCAAACAAUUUACAUUUGAUUAUGAAAAUGAAGUCCAUAAACAAGAUUACUUCAUUAAGUCACCACCCCCUCAGCUCUUCUUCUCUAUGAGCUCCUGGAAAAAGCGUCUUUUUAUUCUGUCCCAGCGCCAGGGAAAAGGUCUUAUCCUUUCCUAUUACAAAGACCAUCAACAUCGAGGCUCCAUAGAAAUUGACUGCAGCGCCACUGUAGAAGUUGGUAUAAAUAGCCAGGAAAAGAUGCAAUCUGUGCAGAAGAUGUUCAGAUGCCACCCGGAUGAGGUGAUGUCCAUCAGAACUGUAAACAGGGACUACUUCCUUAUUGGCCAUGACAGGGAGAAGAUUAAAGACUGGAUCUCCUUCAUGACACCAUACUGCCAGGGUGUAAAAGCAACCCAUCAGAGAGCAGAGCAGGAGAAGCCUUCCCUGGGUGACAGAAGGCCUGUUUCCGACCCCAGUCCUUUCUUGGGUCUCUGCAGCAUACCAGAGGGUAUCAGCCUUGCAUCACCGAGGGCCAGUCUUCCAGAGGUGCACUUGAUACAAAAAAGUCUCCAAAGAUUCAGGCAAGCUCAUCAUCAUCAUCAUGAACAAGAUUUCCACUCAGAAACCACUCAAGAUGCAGAAGAGGAAGAGUACUAUCUCACUCCUCGAAGGGCCUGUUUAGAGUUAGAGAAUAUUGAUGGAUGCAACGAUUCUGGUGACUCCACUGAAUCCGACAGUCCAGACCAAGGGUUCAAGAGAGCAGACAGCAAUUACGUGUCAAUGAGAGCAGUGAGAUCCUGUCUCUUCAAAGAAUCAACCUCUGCACCAGCUGACGGCCAAGCUGAAUCCCAAAUUUUUCCGGAGAUGUCAGAGCUGGGGCUUCCUCACCAAGAACAUGACACAGGAAGCGAUCCAUGUCUUUCACCCGCCGAUUCCGAAGCACAAACUACAGAUGGCCAAAAGGGGUCCGCCUCACUAACUGUUGUGAAAUUGUCUAUAUUACUCAACAACAUGCCCAGUGAGAGCCAAGUGGAGACUCUGAACGUGUUCCUCUCCCCUCGGGAUGCCAUCAACUAUCUCGCUCUGGUAGAAGCAGCAGGACGGAUAUGUGUGGCUCGCUGGGAAGGCCCUCCCCGACUAGGGUGCUUAUUCUACCAGGGAGAUCACAUCUUGGCCGUGAAUGACCUGAAGCCCCAAAGCCUGGAGGAGGUGUCCUUGUUUCUAACCCGAUGUAUCCAGAAGGAGAAAGUGAAACUCUCCAUUGGCCGGAUCCCAAACUCAGAGAAGUUCCACGCUUCCCCCUGUGUGUGCUCCUUAAGACACCAGUUGGUUGAGUCUGUCCAGCAGGAUUUGCCAGAGCUGGAGAGGACACCAAAGAGGACUCCUGCCAUCAAAAAGAGCCAUAAGGAAGCUACUGGGGAGUAGGCUGCCGUGGGCCAGGGACACAGAACGGUGGAUCCCUGGGCCAUGCAUGGCCUUGUGAUUGGACAAAAGACAGCAUCCUUCUCUGAGUCACUGUACUGACUUAACAGUGGGUUCACUGACCCUCUUUGGCUUUUGCACUGGGGAAGUCACAUGGGAUAAUGACUAAGGAGUGGAGUUAGAACAGGAGGGUUUAUACCUGAGACUCUGCCCCAGGCAUGGCAGACACCAUUCAGUAAAUCCCUGGUCUAAUUAAUAGCUUUGUGCUUCUGAGGUCACAGCCCACAAAACUGGCUUUUGGUUAGCCAUAUCAUUUCAGGGUUGCAAGAGAGUGAAAGUCUGUGGCAGCCUUCCCAGACACUUCCUGUGGCUCAGCAACCCAGGAGACAUCAGGCAGGCCUAGUGGCCUCUCUGGCUCCCUCAGAGCACCUGCUCUCUUAAAGGCACACUAACUAUUUGGGAAGCUGAGGAAGUUCGGAUCUGUAUCCAGCCAAGAUGUGGUUGCUCUAAAAAUAAAUUGGAAACUAUGUUUGGACACUC